UAAGAGUAUAACAGGUCACGAGAUGGCUCAACUUCCACACAACUUACGUGACAUUGUUAAAGAUGCAGACUCACAUAUUGACACCUCCUCUCCACAGAAGGUGUUUAAACAGCUCCAGAAUGGAGUUCUCUUGAAUCAGAACACACAGCUGUGUAAGCAUAACAAGGACUCCGAUGCCAUCGACUUUAGGCUAUUUUCAAAGGGUCUCACAUACCAUGGGGGAGAUUGGAAAAGGUGCAAAAUAAAGGGCGUGGAAGUGAAUGAACUAAUAAGUGGAAAGAGCAUCGAGGUAAAAACGAAUUUCAAGACAUGUAAACUAUCUCCAGACAAAACCUAUGAAGUUUCUUUCCUUAUAAUGAUGAAGGACAGAGCCAAGGGAUGGGAUAAACCCGUUACCCUGAAAUUUGAACUCCCAAAUGGAGAAACUGAACAAACCACAGAAAAUCUAAGUGAUCAAGAAACCAAUGUUUGGAAACAACUCACAAUUGGAGAUUUCCACACUCCCAGUUCUGGUAUGUCUGGUGAUAUGAAGAUCUCUUUGUCUUCACCGGAUCCUCAGGAGAAGACCAGACUCGUUAUCAGGGAAAUCGACAUUAUUGAUUCUUUUUCACAGACACAAUCAAGUCAAGAAGUUCAGGUUUCUCACACGAAAUCCCAGGAUGUAGUGGAGAAAACAAAUGGGAUUAAACUCCCACACAAUUAUGAAGCCAUUCUUAAAGAGGCAGACUCACCGAUCGACAAGUCCUCCCCCAACAAGAUAAAAGAUCAGCUCUACUCUGGAGUUUUCUUAAAUGGAAAGAAAAAGAAGUAUUGGGUUAACAAGGAAUCCGGAAGCAACUGCUUCAUGCUGUUUGCUAGGGAUCUUUCAGUAAUUUGGGGAGAUGACCAACGUUAUUGGAAGUGGACUUCCCUGAAAGAGACAAGUGAUGUUUUUGUAGAUGUGGCUGAACUAUUAAACGUGUGCUGGCUGGAGAUAAAGGUGAGAUUCGAGACAACAAAGCUCACUCCGAGGGCUUUGUACGAAGUUGUGUUUGUCAUAAUGUUGAAGGAAGUAGCUUAUGGAUGGGAUGCUCCAGUGAACCUGAGACUCUUACUACCAAACGGAAUCAAGAUAGAGCACAAAGAAAAUUUGAAGAUGAAGCCAAGAAAUCAAUGGAUAGAGAUCCCCAUUGGCGAGUUCAGAACUUUGCCGGAGAGGGCUGGGGAGAUGGAAAUCUCUAUGUAUGAAAUCGAGGACGGGAACUGGAAAAAAGGACUUGUCAUCAAAGGGAUCGUCAUUACUGCCAAAGAGUAAUAAGCAUGAGGAUGAUCGAAGAAAGGACGUUUGCAAAACUAAGUUUGUAGAUAUAUAAUGAAUAAAGUAAUUUAGUUCUCAUGCGUCAUAUAUAAGUAGUAGUACUAGUAGCGGUCUCUAUAACUGCGAAAUAAAUAAAAUGUAUGGGACUUUUGUAUAAUAAUCUAUGGAAUAAUCUAG